AUGACGGACCGCGUUGUACCUGCCAGAGCUCACAAACCUCUAGAAGCUACUUCACCGGCGCCCUUAACUCUCCGAUGCCCUCAUGACCCUUGCGACGCGAAAUUUCGUAACCACGAAGAUAUCCAGAAGCAUAUGUACGAGGAUCUCGCGCAUCCGUUCUGCAGUCGAUGCAAAAUACAGUUUGAGAACAAGGCGACCUAUUUCGAACAUAGGCUCAAGAGUCCAAACCACUUCCUCUGCCCGGUCUGCACCACUGACUUCCAGAGUCACACUGGCCGAAACUAUCAUAUGCAAAAGACUCAUGCCCCAGAGCAACAACUAGAAUGUCAAGGCUGCAAGGCAGUCUUCCCAUCGGCAUCUAGUAUGAUGCAGCAUGUUGAGGCUGGGAAUUGCAAAGGCAUCAGUCUCACCCGCCUGGUAAUGGAGCAAAAUCGCCGACAGAACGUUCAUACUCUCCUCGAGACAGACCCUCGGAACUUUAAGGGCAACUCCAGUGCUCCCGUCCAGCUCGCCAUCGAAGAUAACAAAGUCACCCCAGGUACCUCGACGCAGGUCGUUGGAGAGACGAGCGCUUUGAAAGAUAUCACGUCUAGCAACCCCGCUAGCUCUGAGAACAAUACGCGAUCGUCUCAAGAGAAUGCUCCCAAGGAAUCUACGCCCAAGACCAACAAUGCCAAAGUUGCCACUACCCCCAAAACCGGGACUCCAAGCCAGGAUUCCCCCCAAAGCAGUGCAUCGAACCUCAUGGACGUAAUCGAUCUGCCCACAUUAACCAAAUGGCCCGUCUUAAGCCUGACAAACGACACCAGCAAGCCCGUCGAAAAUACGCCGGACGCACCAGAGGAAGAGAAACCGCCCUCUCCUCCCUACCACAACAGCCUCACGCAGCAAUAUACCUGCGUCUGCGGCUUUACUACACAUGCCCGCGAGCACUUCGUCAACCAUAUCGCCGAAGAGCGCCGCUGGGCUAUCCCUUCUUUCACCAGUACCUCUGCGCUCCUCGCGCACAUGGAGAAAGCGCGGGGCCGGUGCUCCAUCAGUUCGCGCGGGGUCUUCGGCCGCGCCGUCGACGAUGCCACGGGUGGUCUUCUCGGUGUCGUGUCGAGCGAGGCGGGGGACCCUGUUCUCCUCGGGAGGCAGUUGGAGGGAAUGCAGAUUUCGCCUGCUCCGCUGGAAAUGAGAGCCCAGGUGCAGGCUAUGGAUGCGGGUGUUGCGGAGGAAGGCGAGGCUGGGUUGCAGCGGUUGAAAAGUCUUUUCAAGGAGAGUUUUGAGGCGGAGGGGGACAGAAUGAAAGCGAGGGAUAUGGGCAAUUGGUAG